AUGCAGCAGACCUCUACUUUUGUGCCUCAUGUGUUUUGGUCGGCGAGCAAUUCAUCCACAUCCACAUCAAAUCUGACCACUAGAGCUAUGGAUUCAAUUUCUCCCACCACCCAAACACCUUCAACGAGUAAUGCUUCAUCGCUCUCACCUACUUCCGAUCAUGUGCCUGAGAAACAAGGCGAACGACAGUUGACAGUACCGGACCAUCAAAAGGAUCGGAUUACGGUCCCGUCAGCAUGCGUCGCUUGUCGCUCUAAACAUCUCAAAUGUGAUGGGCUCAGUCCAUGUUCCAGAUGCUCUACUAAUGAAUAUGACUGCAUCUACGUGAGAAGUCGACGAGGCUUCAAAGGUCCUAGACGUAAUGGAGCUCAAAAUAAGACGGCGGUGUCGACAUCUCAAUCGAACAAUCCCCGAGCUUGCCCACUAGUCCGACCAGGGGCAUCAUCGACAACCCUCAACACCACCGGUAAUCCGGGCAACAUUCCCAGUGGAUUAGCUACACCUCCCGACAAUAGACUGCAGACGCUACCGUUCGGACCGGCAGAUCCCCCGUCUUAUGGUAUCAAUAGAGAUCAAACGGUUUUAGAUGUUAAUAAACCACAAUACAGCGGAUUAGAUCUUCGGCAAAAAUGCAUCGAAGCAUUCUUCUAUCAUUUUUGGCCCGCACACCCUUUCCUUCUCCCAAGAGAUGAUUUGCUCAAAGUGUUGAAGGAGAGAAAAAACCUCGAGCAUUUAGAAGCUGCUAUGAGAUAUGUGGGUUCAUUCUACAUCGAUCAAGCACCUACCACGGCACUAUGUCUUGAAGCCGAACGAGCAAUCUAUGAGACGGAUUGUCCCCAAGAUGCAUUCAAGGUCCAAGCUAUGCUGAUCCUUUGUAUUGGACUUGAUGGUUACACAUAUCAAGAGAAGGCCUUACAUAUUCUCAACGAUACUCAAGCAUUGGCGCUACAACUGGGGAUGAAGGAGAGGGAUUUUGCUAAUAUACAUGGUAAUGGCUGGUCUAAAUUGGAAGAGAGCUGGCGUCGUACGUGGUGGGAAAUUUUCGUGGUAGAUGGAAUGAUCGCUGGCGUUCACCAAAAGAGUUUUUUCCCCAUGAAAGAUAUACCCGCAGAAGUUGGACUUCCAUGUGAAGAGUACGAAUAUAUCAGUGGAAACAUCCCAGCCUGUCAUUUCCUUGCAGACUUUGACGACGAAGAUUUUGAACACCGUGAUUUUAACUACUCCUCUUUCACCUAUCGUAUCUCUGCGAUCCGAAACCUAGGUCGACUACUUAGUGGACGUCAAAUCAAUCCUCAUCCCGACAGCCCCGCCGUUGAUCGUCUUGAUGCAUACCUUGUAAACUUCCGUUUACAUCUCCCAGAGAACAAAAGACAACUCAUCAGUAGUGAUGGCAAGCUCGACGAAAUGCUUUUCCAAGCAAACAUGAUCACCGAAGCGUGUGUUCCCCCUUUCUCUUCCCCCUUUCCUAACACCACCUCCGCACCCUCAAACACAUCCACAGAUAUACUAACUCCCACCCCCUUCAGCACAACCAUCGUCCUCCACCGCGAACUCUCCGAACUAGACAGCAGCAUAACCACCCCAAUAACCUCCUGCGCCCCCCACCACCCCAUCACCCCCGGCUCAAACUACAAUCUCCACGCCUCCAAAACCAUCACGGCCGCCCAAUCCAUCUCCAAACUCAUUACUCUACCCAUCCCCUUGAUUCGCCACACGCAUUUCUUCACCUGCGUGGUAACCCUCGCCUCCGUUGUCCAUUUAUCAUGCUGGUCCGUUCUAUACCCGUUACUCAACGACGACGAUCUCAAGCAACAAUUAAAAUUGAAUACCGGGGCGUUAAAAACGCUAUGGCAAGUGUGGCCUAGUGCUGGGCGAGCCUUUGGACAGGUGAAGGGGGUCGCGAGUGAGAUCUGGCAGAGGAAGAAAGAGGUGGUGGAGAGAGGGUGGUGGGGGGAGGUGGGGGAGGAGGUCUUUAUUCGCAAUAUGCAAGAGGAACAGGGGUAUUUGGAGGAAUUGCAGUUACUUGAUGUUCCUGCCCCUCAGGGGUUUUAA